AUGAAAACAACUACCAAACUAUCUUGCUUGAUACUAUGUUUACUACAUUUGUCUCUUGAAUCCAAAGGAGAACAAUGUGGUAGACAAAGUAAUGGAGCUUUUUGCCCCAAUGGAUUAUGUUGCAGCCAAUUUGGUUGGUGUGGUGACACUGAUCCUUAUUGUGGAACUGAAAUGAUGGACGCUGUCCUGGUCAUGGAUUUUAUAGCUAUGAUAGUUUCAAUUGCUGCUGCUAGAUCUUUUAAUGGAUUUGGUACAACUGGUGAUGAUAACACACGUAAGAAGGAACUUGCUGCUUUCUUGGGCCAAACAUCUCAUGAAACCACAGGUGGGUGGUCAAGUGCACCAGACGGCCCAUAUGCAUGGGGGUAUUGCUUUGUGAACCAAGUGGAUAGCCAGGGAGACUUUUGUGCAUCUAGAGAUUGGCCAUGUUCUCCUGGUAAAAGCUACCAUGGCAGAGGACCAAUUCAACUCACUUACAACUACAAUUAUGGUCAAGCUGGUAAUGCCAUUAAUCAAGAUUUGAUAAGAAAUCCUGAUUUAGUGUCCACAAAUCCAAUUGUAUCAUUCAAAACAGCCAUAUGGUUUUGGAUGACCCCGCAGGGAAACAAGCCAUCAAGCCAUGAUGUGAUUACUGGAAGAUGGACUCCAUCUAGUGCUGACUGGUCAGCAGGGCGAGUCCCCGGAUAUGGCGUAUUGUCAAAUCUGGGAGUAAGCCCUGGUCGUAACUUGGAUUGCAAUAACCAAAGGUCGUUUGCUUGA